UUCAGUUUAUUUCGGUUCUGUUCAGUUGGAAGACACAUUAGCCUUACGUUACGUUAUUUUGAGUUUUUCGGCUUUACGUUUGAUUUUGUUUUUUGAUUUUUUCCUUUCGUUUAAUUUUAUUUCGUUCGUUUGGUUCGUAAAAAAAAACAACAAAAAAUAAAAUUCUACGUUUGAUUUGAUUUUCGGAAAUAAUAGAAGGAAACUAAUCCAGGAAGGAUCAGAGUUGUCAACACACAUAUAAAACUCUGAAAACAAACUGAUAACUUUCGGCUCAGUUUGCUUUUGUUUGAAGUAUAAAUAGUUUUCAAAAAAUUCAGUUCAAUUUCUUUAUUAAAAAAAAAAAAAAUAUUUUUUUGCAAAAUUCUAUGUGUGUUUCGUAAUCACCGCCGCCACAUACCUUAGAAUAAAUAAGGAAAAAAACCAAUAAGUUUGUGAAGAAAAUUCAACUGAAAAAUGUUCUUAAUUUAAUUAAUGCAAUAACAACAGCUACAAAAACAUCACCCAAAACUCACAACAACACACAGACGGAAAACAAUAUUCAAAACUAUUUUUAACCAUUUAAAGAAAUUAUAAAAACAAAAGUUGAAUUAUUCUUCUUUAAUGUAAACAAAUUGUGAUCCGUUUAUAUAGAACAACAACAACAAAUAAAAGCGAGCGAAAACUUUUUGUUAUUAUAAAUUGUUUGCUACACUACUCUUUCUCUCUUUAAAAGAAGAAAAAUAAUAACAAAUAACAAAAAAGAAAAACAAUUUAAACAGUACUCUAGAAAACAAGGACUGACUGAAAACAAAAAUAACUUGAAGGACUUUCCUCUUUCAAAACAUCACAAAAAAGGACAGACAAAAAGAGCUCAUUUUAUUUAAUUAAUUUUUAUUAGUGAAAUUUUGUAAAUAAAAAUACAAUUUUAUAUACAUAUAUAUACAAUACUUUGUAUACGACGUAACGUAUCAAAUACAAACAAACAAACAGACAGUAUUAUAUUGAAUUUAAAACAUAACAAAAAAAUCAAAGAUUUUAAACAGCUUAUAAUUUCGCGUUCAUUUUCUCCCCCUUCAUCUACGGGUAAUAAUACCAACAGCAACAACAUGGUUGAGGGUCAGCAACAACAGCAGCAGCAGCAAAAUGGCGGAGCCGGUGCCGGUGCCACAUUGGCUCAAAGCACCACAAAUGCCAAUAGCAGUAGCGCCAAUGCCAACACCAACAAUAACAAUCCAAACGCAACCAAUAACAAUAAUACCAAUGCCAACAACAAUAAUAACAACAACACUACCGACAAUGAUCCCAAAACCAAUUUGAUCGUUAAUUAUUUGCCACAGACAAUGUCACAGGAAGACAUCCGGGCAUUGUUUGUCAGUUUCGGUGAAGUGGAGUCCUGUAAAUUGAUCAGAGAUAAAGUGACAGGUCAAAGCUUGGGCUACGGUUUUGUCAAUUAUGUAAAGCAAGAAGAUGCUGAAAAGGCCAUAUCAUCGUUGAACGGUUUACGUUUACAAAAUAAAACUAUCAAAGUAUCUAUUGCCCGUCCUAGUUCUGAAUCUAUCAAAGGUGCUAACUUAUAUGUCUCCGGUCUUCCCAAGAAUAUGACACAACCAGAUUUGGAACAAUUAUUUAGUCCAUAUGGAAAAAUAAUUACCUCAAGAAUAUUAUGCGACAAUAUAACGGGCGGGCCUAUUGACCAGGGUCUUUCCAAGGGAGUUGGUUUUAUACGUUUCGAUCAACGUCAUGAGGCCGAUCAGGCCAUAAAGGCUUUGAAUGGCACCAUACCCAAAAAUGCCACUGAGCCCAUUGUGGUGAAAUUCGCCAACAAUCCCAGUAACAACAAAGCCUUUCAGCCAUUGACGGCUUAUUUGACUCCGCAAAAUCCCAGGACAAGAGGUUUUCCAGCGGCCGCUGCUGCUGGGGCUGCCGCUGCGGCAGCUGCAGCCGCCAUACAUCCCACAGCUGCUGGACGUUAUAGCUCUGUCAUUUCCCGUUAUUCACCAUUGACCGGCGAUCUAUUGGCCAAUUCCAUGUUACCCGGCAAUCCCAUUAAUGGUUCUGGUUGGUGUAUUUUUGUUUAUAAUUUGGCCCAGGAGACUGAGGAGAAUGUUUUGUGGCAGCUAUUCGGUCCAUUUGGUGCCGUGCAGUCCGUAAAGGUUAUACGUGACUUGCAAACAAAUAAAUGCAAAGGCUUUGGUUUCGUUACCAUGACCAAUUAUGAGGAGGCCGUAUUGGCCAUACAAUCUUUGAAUGGCUAUACCUUGGGCAAUCGUGUAUUACAAGUCAGCUUUAAGACAAAUAAAACUAAACAAACGUAAUUAUUAACAAAAUUGACUGCUGUUGUUAACCAUCAUCACCACCACCUCCAACAACAACAACAACCACAUCUACAACAACACCAUCAAAAUCAUCCUACUGGCAACAAUCAUCAUCAUUUGAUGGCAAAUCUCACCACCGUCGCCAAUACCAACAAAACGUCAUCCUUCCUAUCCACAGCUUCUCUUGUCCAUCCGGCAUCGGUGAAUAAAACCUGGAUAAAUAAGAAUAUUUGCGGCAAUCUACUAACCACCGGUAAAAGUAGUAAUGAUGUUAAAACUACAACAAAAGAUACAUUGGUAACGUCUUUGUCGUCGUCCUCCUCAUCAUCGUCAAAUUCGACGACAACGACUGCCAUUUUAAGCUGCUCCACAACACAAUCAUGUACCACAACAACCACAACGACAUUAAGCACCAUAAACAAUCUAUCCAAAUUAUCCGCAACAACUAACAACAACAGCAAUCAAUGUUUGACAAACAAAAAAACGAAACAAGAUUCCGAACAACAAAACCACAACCACCACCACCAAAAUAAUCUUAACCAAACAACACAAUCAACAUCCUUAUUGUUAACCCAACAACGUUCAAAUCUCUUAACAUCAACAUCCUCUUCAUCAGCCACAAAUAAUACGUCCACAACAACAACAACGUCGUCGUCAUCAUCAGCAUCUGGUUCCUCGAAUACCACCAGCACCACAAACACAACCAAUACACCAAAUAGUAGUAACACCACCAAUAACAUCACGACGACAACAACCACAAAUUCCUCGUCAUCAUCAUCCAUGAUAAAGACCUCUAGCAAAUUUGUCUAUAAUAAGCCUCAAAAUCAUUAUGAACUCCUACGACAACGUCUCCAUAUGCAACAAGAGUUUGCUCAACUUUUCACCAGUCUGGCUCAACAGCAUCAGCCCUUCGGCUCUGGCUCGGCAUCCAGCAAUCAAGCUGCAGCAGCAGCAGCGGCUUUUAAUAACCCCUCGUUGGGUGCAGCGGCUGCCUCAACGUCAGCAGCUGCAGCCGCUGCUGCUGCGGCAGCUGCCUCCUCAAAUGCUGCAAAGAAUUCGCUGUCAUCAUUUUUACCAUUUUCCAAUUGGUUUUUCUAAAAGGAUUUAGUUCGGUUUUGGUUUUUUGAUUUUAUUUUUUAUACUUUGGAGUGAUAUUGAGGUGUGGCAUUGAAUGGGAUGGAAUUUUGCAAUGGGAGACAAGAUGUGUAUUGAAGCAAGUUUUUUUUCGUGACCCAGUUUACCCGAACGAAAUUCAGUGUGAUUCCACAUGGUCCGAUUUUUUAUUUCCUUCAAUAAUGAAAUCCCAGUAAUCACAGAUCAAACUCCAAUCGAGGAUGCUAUAUAGGACACCCAAAGAACAAUUGAUGUUGUAUGAUCUGACAACUUCAAAAUGGGUAUAUAUUCCUAAAAACUGGAUUUGAGAACUUUAAGCUUGAAAGCAACAGCUCGGUGUAGAUUCACAAAGUCAUUGACGAUCAAAAGACUCGAAGAUUAAAGCCAUAUCUUUAAAACCGACUAGAAUUCUGGCUUCUUUCAAAAUGGAAACGUUUCCUCCUUCCCAGUGACGUCCGAUUGAAUUCCAAUCUAGACGAACUAUAGUUUAUGACUUAACAGGACGACCAGAAUUGGAUCCGAUAACUUCAAGAUUGCUGCACGAUCUUAAAAAGUGUAUAUUGAUCAUUAAGGAAAAUCGAAAAAUAAGGAUCACAGACUGAAACUGAACUUUCCCACUUGUCCACUCGUAAAAUGUUUCAGCUGCUUUCUCCAAGUUCGAGAGCAGGUUGAUCGAUAUUCAAACUAUCAGUGACGGCCGCAAGGCUCUUAGGCUGAAACCUUAUUAUACCCGUUGAUCACAUUUAUUUCUUUAAAUAAUGAACAAUUAUUUCUAUUAUAGUCUUUGAUGUUGAAUUAUUCCAUAACUUCAGGAUGAUCUAGUGUUCGUAAAAGCUAUUAUCCAAAACCUCCAUGUCAAAUCUUAAAUCUCCCCAUUGACCGCUCUCAGAUUUUAACAAAAAUCCUAAAAUCCUCCCUUGGCCGGGAAAGAUAAAUUGUUUAAAUUACAAUCUAAACCAAAGCCCUCAAUGGAAGGAUUUAUGUUAUACUACCCAGUUUCGAGGUUUCCUAUUUAUAAUCAAGUUACCUAUCUUAUUUCCUUAAUAUCGUAUACACAUAGUUAAGUCUUAAAGUACAUAAGGUGUGGCCGAAAAGGGCAGUAAAAAUGUAAGGUUAGGCUGAAUUUUUUGAAAAUUACUAACCUAACCUCAAACUUUAUAUUCUCAAGAUUUCUACAUACACAAAAAAAAAACCUUAAUCAGCGGUUAAAUUGUAUGUAUUUUAUAAUGUUUGAAUACAUUGCUUCGUUGUGGUAGGAGAAAAGUCAUAAAAAUUUGAGGUUAGGUUGAAUUUUUUGAAAAUAACAAAGCUAACCUCUCAGAUGUUCUCUUUACAGCUAGAGAAACCUUAGGUGGGGUUUAUUUAUAUAUUGUAUCAUGGUUGGAAAAUUGGUCACUUGUGGUCUAAAGAAAGUCAUAAAAAUGUAAGGUUAGGUUGAAUAUUUUUUGAAAAUUUGAAAUCUAACCUCAAACUUUACAUACUCAAAAUUUCCCUAUAUACUAAGAAAAACAUCAGCGGUGGUUAUAUUAUAUAUGUAUUUGAUCAAUGUUGGAUAAAUUGCUUGGUUGUGGUAGGAGAAAAGUUAUAAAAACUUGAGGCAUAUUUGAGAGGUUGAAAAUAACAAACUUAACCUCAAACUUUACAUUCUCAAGAUUUCACUUUACAGCAAGAUAAACUUUAGCUGGGGUUUUAUUUUAUAUAUUUUAUAAUGGUUGAAAAAAUUGGUCACUUGUGGUCUAAAGAAAGUCAUAAAAAUGUAAGGUUAUGUUGAAAAUGUUUUGAAAAUAUUGCACCAAAAUUUUGAUAUUCACAUUCGCAUAAUUCCUUCUUUAACCAAUAAAAUAUUAAUAGUGGUUAAGUUAUAUAAUUGUACAAAUUGUGGAAUCUGUAAAACGUUGUGUAAAAGCUAUCCUCAAAAUUUAAACAUUGGAAGAUUAGGUUGGGUUUUUAACAGCAAAGCCUAAGUUCUAGAUUCUUACAAUUAUCAUUUGCAUCAAGAGAGGUUAGAUUAAAGACAUGCCAUUCUGGUUGGACAAAUUGUGUAAUCAUUUUUUGGAAAUUUUCAAAAUAUUAACACAUAAACUUAAAAUUCUUUCUGUCAUUUCAUUCAAAUAUUCUCCAUAUUAAAUUUUAGUCCUCAAUUUCAUUCACUUCACCUCUAAAAUCACUUAUUUUGCAAAACAAACUAACAUAUAUAUUUUUAUAUAAAUAUGAAUUUAAUUUCUAAUAAUUUCGUUUCUUCAAAAGUAAUAUUACACAUUUUUAUUACAACACAACAUCCCCUCCAAAAUAAUGAAUGCAAUUACAUAGAAAAGAAAACAAACAAAAUAUAUAUAUAAAUAAAUAUUUUAUAGAAUAAUUGCUAAAAAAAAUGUAGUAAAAAUAAAAAUAGGAAAGUAAAAAAAUAUAAAACAAAUAUUGUGUGACAUCUAUAUACAAACAUAUACAUAUAUAUAUUUAUUAAAUUAUUAAAAACAAAACAACAACCACAACAAAAUAUACAACAUUUUUUAAAGAACAAUCCUCAUUCAAUAUUUUUUAUCACCCAUCAACAUUAUGUACUUAUUUUUUAAGUGUAUUAGAAAUUUGUGUUUAGCCAGCGACAUAUUGGUGAGGGGUUGGAAAAGAAGUGGGUACUUUGGCUUCCAUACUUCCAUGACCACAUAGCUCAAACAGGAAUUGAGUUAA